AUGGAAAAUGUAGGUCAUGGAAAUAGAAAUGAAAGAGGACCUGAGAGGAUAGAGAACCAACCAAUAGAUGACAAUGAUAGGUCUAUGAUAGACUUUAUUAUACCUGUUUUGGAUGAGUUGGACCCAAGUAUUGCCCAGCCUGUUAAUGGAGUACCCUUUAAGUUAGAACCUGUGAUGUUCACAAUGCUCCAAAAUAUGGGGCAGUUCCAUGGUCUGUUGAUGGAAGACCCACAUAAGCACCUUAGGAAUUUCAUAGAAGUGGCUAACACUUUUAGGAAUCCCAAUAUCUCAUAUGAUGUGCUGAGAUUGAAGCUUUUCCCCCACUCACUGGAUGACAAAGCCAAAGAAUGUGACAUCACCAACUUCAUGCAGAAGGAUGGUGAGACCCUAGUGGAUGUGUGGGAGAGGUUUAAGCUCCUUCUUAAGCAAUGUCCCAACAAUGGCUUGCCAUCUUGGGCAGUGCUACAAACCCUUUACAACAGCCUUAACACUCAAAAUAGAGCCUUAGCAAAUUCUGCUGCUAAUGCCAAGUUUGAUGCACUAUCCACAUUAGUGAAAAACCAAGGACAAGCCAUUGAGGCAAGAUUGUCUCAGCCUCAAGUUCCAAUACCUCAACCUCAAGUUCUAGUACCCCAACCUCAAGUCAAUGUAGUGAACACAAGUGAAACUUGUGUUUUAUGUGGUGUCCCUCAUUUGUUUGAUAGCUACCCAUCCAACCCUGAGUCUGACUACUAUGUAGGAAACCCCAAUAGGAACCAGAAUAAUUUUUCCAACAAUUUUAAUCAAGGUUGGAGGCAGAACCAACAGCCCCAAUAUUUUCAAGGGCAAGGGCAGCAAGCUGGACCCUCUAAUGCCCAAACCAGGCCACCUUUUCCCCCUCAAAAUUUCCAACAACUUCCAAGGCAGCAAACAGUUGCCCAAUCUUCAGUCCCAUUUACUCAAAACCAAGCUAGUGAGAUGACUUCCUCUUCAACCUCUUCCUUAGAGGCUUUGUUGAGAGAGAAUUUGGUCAAAAAUGAAACCAACCAAAACAGCUUGGAGGCUGUAGUGCAGAGCAUUCCUGAAUCUUUGAGGAAUUUAGAAUCCCAACUAGGCCAUUUAGCAAAUGCUUUGAAUAGCAGACCCCCAGGUACUUUUCCUAGUAACACUGAAGAGCCUAGGAGAAAUAAUGAGCAAUGUCACAUGAUAGAGCAUAGGAAUGGCAGAUCUGUGAAUCAGCCAGAAGAUGUGGUUAGACCUUCCAUAUUAAAAAAAAAAAAAAAGAAGAAAAAGUGCAGCAAGAAAAAGAUUUAA